AUGUCUAUCGCGGGAGUUUUAAGCUUUCUUGAAGAUAAAAAAAAUAGUAAUAUUCAAGGUUUUCAAAAUACUUCUUUCUUGUUGAAAGUGGAAAAGUUUGAAGACCAAGAUACACAAGCUAGAAUGUUUUUCCUUGAUGGCGAUUUUGUGGAAGAACUUUUUUCCAUUCCUGAUGAAAUUGAAGUUAAAGAAAUUAAUAAAACUAAAAAUAGAAAAAUCGAUGUUUUUUUUAGAA